AUGAACUAUGAAGACAAAUGGAGAGAGUUCUUAUCCCUCGUGUCAGAAAGUAAAAAGGGAUUCUUUAAAAAACCGGAUUAUGAAAAAAUUUUAAACCAGAUGAUGGAAUUGAGUAGGAUAUUCGAGGAAGAUGAAGUGGAGGAGAAUGCGGCGGCUAUUCACGUGGAGAUGAGCUCUAUCUAUAAUACUCUAAAUAAGCAUGCAAUGAAGGAAAAACAUUUGAUUGCAGCUGCAGAAGCUUUAGCGAGGCAUAUGGAGAAGAAAAAAAGGACAAUGAGCAACUAUGAAAGCCAUUUCAAGCAAGACGCGUUCGGAUUUUAUAAUGCUGCGAUCAAAUCGGCAGUUUCUACUAACUCCAGACUUAUGGCUGGCAGUUAUGCUCUUCAAGCUGGAGAUCGUUUCAAAGAAAUGGGAGAAUAUUCCUUCUCUGAGAGGUUUUACAGGAAAGCGUAUGCCUUUUAUGCUGGUAAUUCAAACCUUCAGUUAGGAAUAUUGUGGAAUAUGCUGGAAAUUACUAUCAAACAACGAGCAGUUCAUAACUUAUUGAAAACCAUAGAUAACAUAUGGCUGUUCAUUAUGAAAGAUCGAACAAAUCCGCUUGAUUCUACUGAGCAUUUGCAAAUAUGCGAGAUGAUUACAGUUCUCACUUUGACAAGGCUGCACGGGAAAAUAAGAUUGAAUGGUAGACACCGAGCUUUGUUAGAAUUAUACGAGAUUGAUAUUCCUGAGUUAGCCAUGAAGAAAACGAAAGACUCCGAGAAAGAAAAAACAACUCUAUCGGGUCCUGAAUAUUCUUUGUUCACUAAAUUAGUAACUGCUGCUUGGCUAGUCGAUAAGCAUGAAGUUGGUGAGCUAUUAGGGGAUCGUGACUAUCAGUUCGUCCCUACUAUAGUCCGCGAAGUUUCUCUGUUGCUCCUCUCAGAUGAGACGCGAAUCCCGUAA